CCAACGCGGACUGAUCUGCUGUUCACACACUGCUAAGGAGAUUUCGCGAGAAGCUCUCGAGAAACUGUAGAAUGAAGCUGCUGAGGUCCCUGGCCUCCAUCUGUCUGCUGGCGGCCGCGGCCCUCUCCGUCCCCACUCAGGAGAAGCGCGUCCAUCACCAGGCGGACCUGAGCGACCGCGCCCACGAUGAUUCUCACGGCUUCCAGUACGAUCACGAGGCCUUCCUGGGAAAGGAGGAGGCCAAGACCUUCGACCAGCUGACGCCUGAGGAGAGCAAAGACAAGCUGGCGAUGAUUGUGGACCGGAUUGACGCCGAUAAGGACGGCUACAUCAGCCACACUGAGCUGCACCACUGGAUCAAACACCGGCAGAGGAGGUACAUCGAGGAGAACGUGAACAAACACUGGAAGGACUACGACAAGAAUCAAGAUGGAAAGAUAGGCUGGGAGGAGUACAAGAACACCACCUACGGCUUCUACCUGGGUGAGGAGUUUGAUGACGUGGAGGACAAGGCCACCUAUAGGUCCAUGCUGACGCGGGACGAAAGACGCUUCAAGACGGCUGAUCGAGACGGGGACGGUAUUGCCACCCGGGAGGAGUUCACUGCCUUCCUGCACCCGGAGGAGUUCGACUACAUGAAAGACUUGGUGGUGCAGGAAACAGUGGAGGACAUUGAUACGAACGGAGAUGGAAAGAUCAACAUAAAUGAAUACAUUGGGGACAUGUUCUCUCCAGAGAGCGGGGAGAAGGAGCCCGACUGGGUGCAGACCGAGAGGAAACACUUCCAUGAGUUCAGAGACACCAACAAGGAUGGGUACCUGGAUAAUGCUGAGGUGGCGCACUGGGUUCUGCCCGGAGAGGUGGACCACGCAGACAAUGAGGCCAAACACCUGAUCCACGAGACGGACACCGACAAGGACCAGAAAAUAACCAAGAAGGAGAUUCUAGCCAACUGGAACAUUUUUGUGGGCAGCCAGGUCACCAAUUAUGGCGAAGACUUAACGAAGAGACACGACGAACUCUGAUGAGUCAUCACAAGAUCAUUGGGUUAGGGUUCUGUACUGAGCAGGAUUCUGUUACUGUGGCUUUGGGGUGGGGGGGGGGACUUAGUAAAGUAAGGAUCUGACUCUGGGUUAUGAUCAUGUUGCCAUGUUUACACUUGCACCUACACAUUCAGCAUGCACUCACAUAUUGUGUAUGUGGAUACAGGUGAUACUGAUGAUCCUACACAGUUCUCUCCAAUUCAUUUUCACACUGUGGUGCGUAUCCCCAAAGAUGAUAUUAUCCUGUUGUCCAGGAAAAGUGAGAAAACUGGAUAAAGUCUGACAUGAACUAGCAUCCAGCUAACACAAUGCUAGGCUAUGGCAACACAGUCUCACGGCAUUUCGUGUUAUAGUCACGAAAUUAAUCUAUUGAUUCGUGUUCACCAACACCAUUUCGCCAUUUUUUUCGUGUCACACAGAACGAUUUUAAAAGCAAUGUAAAUAAUAACAAAUUAGAAGGAAA